UCGCUGCGUUGUAGAUAGACCACUCACCCACUGGCUCAUCAGCCCACAUCAAACUGGACGUGUGUGUGACUCCUACGGAAAUUCGCACACGUAGGAGGACGUACACUGGCAGACUUGAUCCCUCUUCCUCCUCCUCCUCCUCCUCGUGCCACCGAAAUCGACUCGAGCCUUUCAAUCCCGGUGGAGAGCUCAAGGGAGUGCUCGGUGUUCGGUCCCACCACUUCAGUCCGUCCUGGUGUCCGUCUGCCCUCUCGCCAUUGCAGUGGGAUCGCGAUCCAAGCACCGGGGACCCGGCAGGCCUGGGAGGCCCGGGAGGCCCGAGGCCGACCUGUGAAGUCAUGAAGGUCGCGGCCGAGUUGCGUCACAAGUGGAAACAAAAGGCCCCGAUCCCUCUUCAUGCUUAAGUGUUGGAUCCAAUUGGAUUGUGACCUUCGAUUCUGUUCAUUUCGAUUUGUCUUGAUUGGUGCCGAGGCCAUUAGCUGAAUGUUAGCAUGGCCUCGUCCACCCCACCACUAACCCCGCCCUCGCCCGGAGGGCACGCCCCCAGUCCCACUAAUCACAAUAAUAAUAAUAAUAAUCACUACCCGUCCCAGCCCCAAACCUCGUCCAAUUCCACGCCCUCCACCCCAUUAGCCAGUCCCUCGUACACGCUCAUGGGCGGGUCCGCCUCUUCCCUCGACUCGGGGGGUGGGGCUAACGGGUCGGGCCGGAAAAAGUCCCGCGAGGUGAGAGAAGAAGAGGAUCCGUUGAGUGCGGGCACGCCCACCCGACCGGCUCCGGCCGGAUUCAAAGCCAAGUUUGCCCUCAAGAAGCAGAAGAUCGUGGAUCUCAAUGCCUUUUCAGCCAACGUGCCUAUCUCCCCGCCCUCUCAAGGGGAUGAUCUGAGCACGCCCGAACGUCGAAGAAGUAGUGGGAGUCAACCCCCGCCCGAUCACGCCCACAAACCGGGAUCUGGCGGUUUGAGUGUGUUAAAGAAAGCUGCCUCUAUCAAUUUGGAUCAUACCAGCCCCGACCAUCACAUCCAUGCUAAACCCCGACCCAAGUUCAUUCUUGACCGCAAGACCGCGUUCCAGGACCUGGAACGGUUUGAUGGGCGCCAGUUCCUGUCUUGGGUGGAGCGGUUUAUCGCCGAAGAUCCCUACCUCAAGAUCAUGCUCACUGAGCAAGAUUUUAAGUUUGUGGGUCAUCUUUUUGGAUCCGAGUUGCUUAAAAUUCGGGCUCUAAGAGCUGUUCAAGAAGGCAAUUCCGGCCAUGACCUUCGAGAUGAUGUUAUCUACGCUUGGUCCAAGUCACCGCCCACGCCCACACGGAACGGCACGCCGGUUAAAGUCGAUUGGAAGAAUGCCUCCGAGUUCCACUCGCCCAGUUCGUCAGCCAAGGGCAAUCCGGGUGCCAAAUACUCGGAGGCUGAACUUCAGCAAGCUCUCCUGGGACUCAAACGAGAACACAAGGACUCCAUCGAGCUCUUGCGGAAAGAGCAGGACGAGGCCUUGUUCGAGCUCAGAGGUGAGCAAGCCAUUGUCAGUGAGCAUAACGUCAAGAAGAUUCAGGAGCUAGAGGCCGAGAUUCAAAGUCUGAGAGAGGGAGGAGUGGGUGGACCCAAGAGCCCCACUCGUAAGGAGCGAUCCGGGAGUGAGUGCUCCAAUUCCUCUACGAGCUCAAGUUCGAAGGCCGUGAAUGCGGAGAUCGCGGAUGUAAGUCGAGUGGUCGAAGGGAGAGUGAGUGAAGUGGUCAAACAAGAGAAGCCCGAUACGUUCGUGGAGUACACGCCCAAGGGGAUCCACAAAGGGAUCCAAGUCGAUAUGGAAAAGAGUCCUACUCAUUUAGGGGCUUCAGAAGAAUCAGAAGGGAAAAAACCCUUAAGAAUGGUCUCCAAGGGCAUUCAAGUGGGCUCAGAGGUCGCCACGAACGAGGACAGUGCUCCCCCUUUACCCCCUAAAGCCUUGGUGCCUCCUCCUCCUCCUCCACCCCCUCCACCCCCUGGUCAGGCAGGUUUCGCCCCUCCUCCUCCUCCUCCUCCACCUCCUCCAGGACCAAAUGGAGCACCGCCGCCGCCGCCACCUCCCCCUCCAGGUUUGAGUGGAGCUCCUCCUCCCCCUCCCCCUCCUCCGCCUCCACCAGGAAUGGGAGGACCACCGCCACCGCCUCCACCGCCACCUGGGAUGGGUGGGCCGCCCCCUCCUCCUCCUCCCCCGCCGGGUAUGGGAGGACCACCUCCACCACCUCCACCCCCAGGAAUGGGAGGGCCACCUCCACCCCCUCCUCCGGGAGGAAUGGCACCAAUCCCGCCCAUGCCACUCCCCCCGGCAGGAGGAAUGGUGCCUCGGCCCCAAGAAGUCUUCCGUAAACCCGAGAUUAAGCCUAAGAACCAGAUGCGCCCCCUGUAUUGGACCCGCAUUCGGAUACCUGUGCAAAACACGCCUGACACUGGCGACCAACGUAAUGCUCUGCCGGACACUGGUCCUAUUGUGUUGUGGGAGGAUCUGGAAGAAACGCCCAUAGAAGCUGAUGAAUUUGAAGACCUUUUCUCUCGGCCUGUCACCAAGACCAAGGUCAAGUCCGAUAACAAGAAAAAGGAAGAAGAGGCCGCGAAGAAGAAAACCGCUACAGCCAAGUUUCUGGAUCCGAAACGAAGUCAAGAGGUGGGCAUUUGUAUUCGAAGUAAUCGCUUGGAUAUCCCCGAGGUCGAAAAUGCUAUUUACAAUCUAGACAAUUCGGUCAUCCAUUGUGAUGUCCUGGUCCAGAUCAGCCGUAUUCAGGCCUCCAAAGACGAGUUGGCCACCUUUCAAGCCCACGUGGAGGCAUGUCCGGAGAUUCCAUUGGACACCUCCGAACAAUUUCUCCUGGAUCUGUCCCAAAUAUCUCAUUUCAACAAACGCCUCGAAUGUGUCAUGUUCCAGAACAAGUUCUCGGAUAGUCUCAAUGAUAUCGAGAACCGUCUCAACAACGUCAAUCAUGUUUGCGAUCAACUCCUCAAUAGCCAACCUAUGAAAGAAGUGUUCAGUGUGAUUCUAGCUUGUGGAAACUACAUGAACGGAGGCAAUCGUCAGAGAGGCCAAGCCGAUGGAUUCGCCAUCGACAUCUUACCCAAGAUCAAGGAUGUCAAGUCCAAAGAUAACUCCAUCACCUUGCUGCAAUAUGUGGUCAGAUUCUGCAUUAUUCGCUUUGACCAGAAGAAAGGAACCCCGGAGGCCACUAUGCCCGUGCCCGAACCGUCGGACGUUGAGAAGAGUGCCGACAUCAACUUUGACGAACAGCGUGAGGAAUGUAAGAAGCUUCGUCAGCAAAUGGGGAUCGUUCAAAGCGCCCGGGACGUUGUGGUUGAAAACACGGAUGAAGAUCAUUUGGAACCGUUCAAGGAGAAAAUGGAUAAGUUCCUUCACCAAGCGGAAGGACAACUCAAGGAUCUGGAUGAACUUGUCAGCGAAUGUAGCAAACGCUUCGUUCGCACCAUGCAGUACUACCAAUUCUCACCGAAGGACACCAAAAACUUGGACGAAGUCCAGCCUAAAGAUUUCUUCACCUUCUGGCAUCCAUUCUGCGAGGACUACAAAAACCUCUGGAAGCGAGAACAAGUUCGAAUUGAGAAAGAGAUCAUCAAAGCCGAGAGGCUCAGACAUCGGCAGAAGAAAGAGAAUCUGAAGUCUUUCAAGACCGAAGCCGUCAAACCCAGAGGAUUAAAAGAGAAAAUGCUCAGACGCAAGUCCAAGGCCAUAUAACCCCGUGGUCCCAUUUUGUCCCUCAGUCCUCUCCAGAAUCUGUGAUUUGUGCGGCAACAGGUGGCCAAAUGUCUUGUUGCCGUGUUGUAUUAGACAAUCAUUGAUCCAUCCAUCCGCCAUCCAUCCAUUCGUUCGUUCAUUUCAUUCAUUCCAAUCUUGGCAACUUGCUGAUGUUUUGUCACUGAUGAAGGUCGCAAGAAUGCUACCAAUAUGAGGACCAUACAUAGUUAAUAGUGUAAGCAAAGAAUUUACAUGCUUUAAAUUAUCACCCUCCAAUUCUGAAUUGAAGCAACUUGUGUUGCAAAUGAUCGCCAAUAAAGGGAACCGAUGUUUUACCUGCGA